AUGCCGUCCAGCAACACAAGCGCUUCUUCGGCGACGGCGAAGACGUCAAGGAGGCCGACGACCGCAGCAUGGGCUCGGCCGCCGCCAUGCAGGCCUUGAAGAUGUUCUCGGGCGGCGGCAGCGGCACCUCUCAGAGCAACAGCCAGAGCGCCUUCAUCGGGCUUGCCAUGGCCGAGGCUAGCAAGCUCUUCGACCAGAAGGCGGCCCAGGGCCAGGUCUCCAGCGGCGCGAGCAAGGAGUCGGCCGUCAUGCAGGCCGGCGAGAUGGCUCUCAAGUUCUAUCUCAAGAGCCAGGGCGGCGGGCAGGCCUCUUCCUCUUCCGGCCUCAUGGGGCUGGCGUCCAAGUUCAUGAAAUAA